UGUACAAUGGUUAAGAUAACUAAUAGUACCACCACAGAUUUUAUUAAUAUAAUCAUUUAAUUAAUUAAGUAAUGCGAGAAUAACUGUUUGAUAAUCUGGCAACCCUGAGGGAAUGAGUGAGUACUAACCGCUAACGAUAUUGUUAUGAUCAAUAUCCAGUUGCAAACAACAACGAACUGUUAACCGAAACUCUUACGUCAAAGUACGCCUAAAUUUUUUUUUUAAAUUUUAACGGUCAACCGAUUGUUUUUGCGGACUACGAUUUACGAAGAUUUAGGAUGGACCAUUUUCAAACUGGACACGAUAUGGUGAGCAGAUAUUAGUGGCAUAAUCGGAAAUUGUUGCCUACUAACUCUAUACGCAUGCCUAACGGAUAACUUCAAGAAUUAAAACAAAUUGUGACAGUAGCUGCCCGUUGAUAAUCUCAUUGUAAUAAUUUAAUAUUGGUUUUUAUUAUGAUAAAGUUAGUACUUAGUAUAAUAUAUUUUAUAUGUUCUUCACUAGAGUGUGUUAUGUAAUACAGAACAGGUAACUGACAAACUGAUUCGUUUUUGAUCGUUCAUAUUCAAUCCAGUAUUAGACAUAAUAUCUUCUAAGUCCUUGGUGAUGGCAAACUAUGAAAACUAUAAAGUGUGAAUGCCGCAAUAAUCGUUUGUCAAGUUGAGCGGUGAAGACAGCCGCACAAAAUCGAAAACUGUAAGUACCUAUCCGACAAUAACGAAUUAUAAUUUAAAACGGCUGUGGUUGGAUACGAUUUCUUAAGGCGGCGUCGUAGUAUUUUAUAAAUUAUUUAGUCGCCCCUUGAUAUAUACUAUUAUUUGUCUGAUUUUCAUAGCGGUUUUACACACGAUCCGCGAAAUCUCUAUUUGAAUUUUCCUUUUUCGUGAAAUUAAAGCACGAUUCGCCGCUCAACCCGUAUCGUUUAUUUGCGAUUGUCAUUUUGACCGAGGUUAUUCGCUAUCACAAUACUUACCUGCCAAUAACGUGUAGAAAUAUUAUCAUAUGAAUACGUUGCUCUCCUAAGCAAAAACGCUGUAAGUCAAAAAAAAUAUAAAAAUAAGUUAUAUACAUUAAAAAUUCGUAAAAUUCAGACGUUUUAGGUCAAUAUGCCGUAUGUCUGAAAUAUUAUUCUAUAAAACAAUUAUUAUAAUAUUGGUUUUGACAAAAUGCUGUAAAUGAUCAAAAAAAUGCAUUUUUAUCAAAUAAAAAUACCGUUUAAUAUCCAUGCUAAACAAAAACAUUUGAUGGCAUUUUUGCUUAGUAGGUAGAAAAUAAAAAUAAUAAUUUGCGGCGUUUAUACUUAGUACAGAUAGUCGUUUUAUUUAUCGUAUUGUACCCAUUAAAUCAUCAAAAUAUACCUAAUAAAAGUUAAUAUAAUAAUAAAGAAACUUUAUAAAUGAUACAAUAUCAAUUAUUUGUUAGUUAUUUAUACAAUUAACCAUGGAUUCUAUUCACGAUUAUUCUGUACAGUUCUAUAUACCAAUAUUAACAAUCAAUGCAAAAAUUUAAGUAAGUACUUCGGAAUUUGUUUUUUUUUAUUUUAUUGCAUUUAUCAGUUAAAAUACCAUAUGCAAAUCCAUAUAAUACUUUAAUAAGUAAAAUAUAAGAGGUAUUAUGAAUUUUAGAAAAUCCAAAAUGAAAAACCUGUUUUUCUCAAAAACAUCUAAUGACCUAUGUCAUUUUUGCUUAUGAGGACAAUAUGUAAAUUGGGUAUAAACUUGUAUGAUAAGUAACUAUUUUAUAAUAAAAAUAUUAUCAAAAACAGCGUGACAAUAAUAAUUUGUAAUUCUAGGUACCUAAUUAUUGACUAGAACAAUUUGUAUACUAUGAUUAUUAAUUAAUUUUUGUUUAAACUAGGUAGCUAUAAUAAUCUGUAGCGCACAGAUAUACACAAUGAGUGAUAAACCUGAAGAAUUCUCUCAGCGUAUGUUAGAAAGGGCACUCAAGCGCCAAGAACUGCUAUCCACAGUGGUAACAUCUAGAAUAUUAGAACCAUUAGAGAUACCUGAAUCAGCAGAACCAAGAGCACUAUCAGAGAUAUCAGAGCUAUCAGUAGCAUCACAGCUAUCACCAUCAGAGUCACUUUAUUCACCAGCACCAAAAGAACCCACAAUACCAGAUGUGUCCUCAGCACUAACACAGCCAUCAGUAACAGAGUCUUCAGUACCAUCGAAAUUAACUGAGUCUUUAGUGACCUCAGCACUAGCAAAGUCAUCAAUACCACAGACAUCAACAGAAUCCUUUGUACCACCAGUGUCAUCAAAAUAUUAUGUUAAUACUGUAGAACCAUCAGUUUCUCUUUAUCAACGAAGACAGCGUCUUACUGAAUUAGCUAAUCGCAUUGAUUUAUGGACAUCAGAAGAGGAAACGAGUCGCUAUGCAAAAUCCAACGAAGUUAAAACCAAAUCCUCCACACAUAAUAUACAAUUAGAAGCACCAGUUGAAACUAUUACCAGUACUAACAAGGAAAAAACUAGAUUGGCAACUAAGCCUUCUUCUGGCCUAACUAAAAUUAAUGAAAAAUGUGGUUUUACAAAAUCCAAUAUCUUCAACGAGUUAGAUAAAUUGAUAAGUCUGCCUCCUUAUCGCCUAAAAACAAUUAAAAAACAUAAUAUAACAGACGCAUUUGGAAAUAAUUCAAUUUCUUCACAGCAAUUUCAUCCAAUACCAGUUCACAAUUCUUUGGAUGAUAAUGUUAAUGACUAUAAAAUUAAGGUUAAUGAAACACCAUCAGUUGCAGCACGUCGAGCAAUAUUUGAAAAAUUUACUGCUCAACCACAGAAUACAAAAUCAGUUAGCACUACUAAUGUUUCCGUGUCUGUGCCAAAAACCACUUCUGCCAUUGCAAAUUCUUCAGCUGUUAGAUCUAUGAAUACAGUUGAAAAUAAAUCCUCUGCUGUCACUGACAAUGCUAAUGCUACAGUUGUAACCCCCACUACUGAAAUUGCUAAUGAUACAAAUAUGAUUGAUACUUUAAGUAAAUCUCCAAAGUCUCUUAAAUACAGCCAUUUAUCAAUGCGUACACCCUCUGAGUAUAGAACUUUUGGGAGUACAUCACCGGUGAAUUGUGAUACUUGGAAUCCACCAUGUAUAAAAAACGUACUAUUUAAAAAGAAAUCGUCUGAUACAUUGGACACAUUAGAUAAUAUGUGUGAUGACGAUGGAGUAUUAGCCACCAGUAGUCCCUGCAAUACUUCAAUCGAAUCUCCAGCAGAUAAAAUUGUUAAGUCUGUUGGACGUGUACAAUUUAUGUCACCUUUGUCAACUAAUGGACUUUAUCCUAAAAUAGAGGUUAUUGACAACAUUAAAAAUGAAACUAUUUCAAUAGAAUCAGAAAACCAAUUAUCCAGUUCCAAGAGACGCAAUGAUGGAAGCAAUACUUUUAACAGUUCUACUCAAUCCUUUGAAUCAUUAUCUAAAUACUCUAACGAUGAUGAUGAAAGUAUAGUUGCCAAACGCCGGUGUGAAUUUGGAGUGGUAGACACAAAUUUGAUAGCUAUUAAGACAGAAACACCAUCAUUGCUAUCAGAUUCUGAUGGAACGUUUUCACAAACUUCCAACAGUUUUACAUUCUAUCAACCACCAAACAAUGAACUUUGUCAAGAUGAUGUAGAUACAAAACCACUGGCAUUUAAUGGCCUUGUUGAUUCUGAAAAGUCCCAAGACUUCAAAGAAACCGGACUGUUAGAAGAACCCAAAGAAAGACUUCAAACACACACAUUUACCCAAUCACCACUUAUACAUACAGUAAGUAUGUAUCGUAAGCAGCAACAACUCAGACUAGCUAAUAACAAGAUGAAAACUAACGAACAAUAUGAAGAAGAAUCCCCGAAAAAUAAUUAUAUUGAUGAUGAGGAAGAGGUAAGAGCGUUGGAAAUUACAGCAGAACGUAUAGAAAUUUUAGAGAAUACAGUUAAAGAGCAAAAUAGCAUAAUAAGCCAAGCCACCCAAGCACUGAAUAUAAGUGAUAUGUAUAGACAAAAAGCCUCACAGUCUGAUGAAUAUUCAAAUGAACAUUUGCAUGCUGAGCGUCUUUUACUGAUUGCAAAUUUAAAGCGAACAGAUGCAGUGCUUGAGGUGCAGAGACUACGUUAUGAACAUCAUCUAUCCCCCACAGGCAUUGCUGGAGGAUUUCGCUUUCGCCCCCCUGGAAAUGGCAAGAGACUUGUUAUUGACAGUCUACGUAUCCCUUUAUUGACUGCAGUGAGAAAUUGUUCUACUAAGAACAAAAGUGAUCCUAAAACUUUAACUAAAUGGCCUCAGGAAAUUAGGUAUUUUGUGUGUGUUGUUCGAGCGACAGCUACAGUGUACCGACCACCUAUAACAACAGCUACCCGACCUCUUGAUGCCAUAAAAGAGUCAAUUUAUCGGUUCACUGUAGGCAAUCGCAUUCCGUACAAUGAGCUUGGUUAUGGGUAUGUAGAGUUCAUUAUCAAACCAAAUAGUAGUUCUGGCCGCAGGUAUCCUGAUGCUGAAGGUGCCCCUAUUAUAAUUGAUGGUUUGGACAAUAGUGGGUGGAAAAUAACGGUAGAGUUAUAUGGGCUCUAUCCAACAGCAUCUAACGUGAGUUCUGGUAAUGAUAAGGAACAUCAUGAAAAAAGUGUACUGGACAAGUUGUGGUCUUCAGUUACACCAAACAAAGAAUCAAAAAAGCAUAAUUUUUCAAAAGUUCCAAAGAUAGAAUCACCUGGGGGAUCAUCAGCGGUACGGACUUCAAUGUAUCGUCAACUAGCUUACUUUGUGUUUUCUAGCAACGAGGUGGGUCGCAGACAGUUUACCCUAAAUAAGGUUCAUCAGUCCGGAGGUAUUACAAGUACUUCAAAAUCUGCUGUACCAAUUGAUGAACCAGAAGUUGCACGUAUAUGUAUGCAGAUGCUUGAAGAUGGUGAGGAAUACGUUCAAUCAGACUUAAAUGGUAGUAUUUCGUCUACAAGUCAUGAGGAGAAUUUGGUAAUAAAACCUUUGAAAUUACCAUCCAAGUGCAAGAUUACUGAAGGAUUUAUUACACUAUUCGAUGACUUUGCAUUACGCAUUCCUUUUGAAUUUGAAUCAAAUGAAAUACCAAGAUGGCAGAAUUUCUCGAACAAUAAUACCAAUAGUUUAAGCAAUGCUUUGUGGACUCGUUUAUGGUUUAAAGUCGAAAUCAUUAAUGAUCCUAAUGCUCAGAAGGAUGAUCAAAAUUAUGAGAUAAUAAAUAAAGAAAAAAUAUAUCCACAAACUGUGAUAUUAAAAUACUGGCUGUAUCCUGAGCAUUUUGAACAAAACCGAGAGCCAAGGGGUAUCAUUGAUCUAAGUGGUUGUUUGCCAUUAUUAAAUGGAAUGUUAAAUUCAAGUGAUCUUAGACAAUCACUUCCUAUUGUCCAGCCAUUUUUGAAUUCAUCUAUUAGACCAAAUACAGUGCGGCUACUAUUUUCUGCCAGUUAUCAAAUUCAUAAUGCAGAUAAUUAUCGUGAUGAUAAUGUUAUGAAUGAACCAUUACUACUAGCUUUUGAUACACUAAAGGAGCGAGAUGAGUGGUGUAAUACAAUAAAUGAAGCUGUGAAUGCCAUUGCUGCACACCAUGAACAGUUCAACAUAGUUCGUAAAUUUCGUGAUUAAAGAACAACAGUUAAUAGGAAUAUAAUAAUCCCGCUACAAAUAAUUCAUGUAAUCCAUAACAAAUCAUUAUAGAUAUUAUUUUUACCUCUCUCCCUUUCAUUGUAUGAUCUUUAUCUAGCUAUUUAUACACAAUUAUAGUUUUAUUAUAACAUAUAAAGAAUAUUAUUACUUUUUUAUUAUUAGAGUAUAAAUAAAUGUAAAAUGUCUUCAUUUUUUUUUUUUUUUUUUUAGAAUUUAUAUUGAAUGUAUGUGUGUUUGUAUUGUGCUUUAUACUAAAUGCAAUUAUUUAAUUAUAAACUAUUUGUAAUUUAUAUAAAUUAUAUUUACUAAGAGUUAUACAAUUUUUCACAAUUUAUUGUAGCUAAGCUUUAUUAUUAUUUGUAUGACUAUAAUAAAAUAAAUAUUAAUGUUGCAGUUUCAGUAAAACAGCCUAAUUUCAUGUUGCAUAAAAAUAGUCCGGCACUGUGACCACUAUGAAAUUUCAGCAUUGUUAUAAUAGGUACAACUUUUGUUUUGUAAAAUGUCACCAAACAAUUACCAAUACAAUAAUAUAUUAAUACAAAUAGUAGUGCUUAUUAUUUUGACAAACAGUAGGUAGUUCUGUGACUUGCGACUUGAGUCUAGUGACUUAGUUUUUUUUUUUUUUUUAAAUAGAUACCCUGGCUAGACCAGCUAUGGAUGAACGUUCAUUUGUUUACUAAAUUGGAAGUUAAAUCAGUUUGCUUAAGCUUUAUUGUUUUUGCAAAAGAAGAUUUAUUUUAUAAGAUCAAUAUAAUGUAUA